GUUUGGGUUUCUUAUAUGGAGGGCACUUGCAUUGAUUUCCACCGAGAUUCUUUUGGAGUUUUUGGUUCAGUAUCUGAAAAAAAGAUGGGAAAGGAAAUGGCUGCCGGCGCUGCAUCUUCAUCGGUGACGCAGGAGGAGCUGACGCUGAUGGUAAAAUGGAGCGGGAAAAAGUACACGGUUCGAGUCUGCGGCGAUGACUCAGUGGCCGAGUUGAAACGAAGAAUCUUCCAAGUGACGAAUGUUUUGCCCAAAAGACAGAAGCUUCUGUACCGUAAGAUCAAAAACAAACUCGCCGAUGACUCACUCUUGCUCUCUCAGAUUCCCCUCAAGUCCUCUCUCAAGAUGACCAUGAUUGGAACUGUCGAAGAUGAUUUAAUCGUUGAUCCAGUCGAAACACCGGAGGUCGUUGAUCCAGUCGAGACACCGGAGGUCAUUGAUCCAGUCGAGACACCGGAGGUCGUUGAUCCAGUCGAGACACCGGAGGUCGUUGAUCCAGUCGAGACACCGGAGGUCAUCGAUGACUUCGAUGAAGCUGUUGAUAUCAAAGAUAAAGAGGUUAACAAGCAGAAAAUGAAGAGACGCAUUGAUCAAUACAAGAUCGAACUAAAAACUCCGUGCCGUAAAGGAAAGAAACUGCUUGUUUUGGAUAUAGAUUAUACUUUAUUUGAUCAUCGGUCAACAGCUGAGAAUCCACUUCAACUUAUGCGGCCUUAUCUUCAUGAGUCUCUUACGGUUGCAUAUGCGGAGUACGAUAUCAUGAUUUGGUCUGCAACCAGCAUGAAACGGAUUGAAUUGAAGAUGGGACAACUUGGAGUACUAAACAACCCGAACUACAAAAUCACAGCCCUUCUAGAUCAUUUAGCGAUGACCGCUGUUCAAUCAGAUACUCGUGGAAUCUUCAAUUGCAAACGACUUGGUUUAAUUUGGGCACAGUUUCCCGAGUUUUACAGUUCAAAGAACACAAUAAUGUUUGAUGAUCUACGAAGAAAUUUCGUGAUGAACCCACAGAACGGUUUGACGAUUAAGCCAUUCCGGAAGGCUCAUGCCAACCGAGACACUGAUCAGGAGCUUGUAAAACUCACCCAAUACCUGUUAGCCAUUGCAGAUCUUGAUGACUUGAGUGCUCUCGAUCAUAGUAAUUGGCAGUUUUUCACCGAAAACAUGCAUGACCGAUCUGACGGUUGACUGGCUAGGAAUUUCAUGUGUCAAUAGUGUUCACUUUUUAAGGGAUUGCGAGCGUCGAGCAGUGCUACUGGUAAUGGCUAGACUUUGCUACUCCUUGACGAGGGCGUGACAGCGACUCGAACCUAUAUGAAUAUCAUUUUAUUUGGCAUUAGUUUCAUCUUUUCUAUAUAUUUAUACACAUAUAUGUAAUGUAUUAUUUGCUGAGAUGACCUA